AUGAAGCCAGUGCAGGCUGUCACACUUUGGUGGGUGCUACUGCUGGUGUCCAGGCUGGGGGCUACCAGGAAGGGAUCACCAGAAGAGGCCUCCUUCUACUAUGGAACCUUCCCACUUGGCUUCUCGUGGGGCACGGGCAGUUCUGCCUUCCAGACAGAGGGAGCCUGGGACCAGGAUGGGAAAGGGCCCAGCAUUUGGGAUGCCUUCACUCACAGUGGGAAGGGAAAGGUGCUGGGGGAUGAGACAGCAGAUGUGGCUUGUGAUGGUUACUACAAAGUGCAGGAGGACAUCGUUCUGCUGAAGGAGCUGCAUGUGAACCACUACCGAUUCUCCCUGUCUUGGCCUCGGCUCCUACCCACAGGCAUCCGAGCUGACAAGGUGAACAAGAGGGGAAUCAAGUUCUACAGCGACUUCAUCGAUGCCCUCCUGAAGAGCAACAUCACCCCCAUCGUGACCUUGCACCACUGGGACCUCCCGCAGCUGCUCCAGGUCAAGUAUGGCGGAUGGCAGAACGUGAGCAUGGCCAGCUACUUCAGUGAUUAUGCUGAUCUGUGCUUCGAGGCCUUUGGGGAUCGGGUGAAGCACUGGAUCACUUUCAGUGACCCUCGGACAAUGGCAGAAAAAGGCUAUGAGACGGGCCACCACGCUCCCGGCUUGCAACUCCACGGCACGGGCCUGUACAGGGCGGCACACCACAUCAUUAAGGCCCACGCCCGAGCCUGGCACUCCUACAACAGCACGUGGCGCAGUGAGCAGCGAGGUCUGGUGGGGAUCUCAUUAAACUGUGACUGGGGGGAGCCCAUGGACAUCAGUAGCCCCAAGGAUGUGGAAGCAGCAGAGAGAUACCUACAGUUCUGCCUGGGCUGGUUUGCCAACCCCAUCUAUGCCGGUGACUACCCCCAAGUCAUGAAGGACCGUAUCGGGAAAAAGAGUGCAGAGCAAGGCCUGGAGAUGUCAAGGUUACCGAUGUUCUCACUCCAAGAGAAGAGCUACAUCAAAGGCACCUCUGAUUUCUUGGGAUUAGGUCACUUUACCACUCGGUACAUCACAGAAAGGAACUACCCCUCCCGCCAGGGGCCCAGCUACCAGAAUGACCGUGACUUGGUAGAACUGGUUGACCCGAACUGGCCUGACCUGGGGUCUACACGGCUACGCUCAGUGCCCUGGGGGUUUAGGAGGCUCCUCCACUUCGCUCAGACUCAAUACGGCAAUCCUCCCAUCUAUGUGACAGAAAAUGGAGCAUCUCAAAAGUUACACUGUACUCAAUUAUGUGAUGAGUGGAGAAUUCAGUACCUUAAAGGCUACAUAAACGAAAUGCUAAAAGCUAUCAAAGAUGGUGCUAAUAUAAAAGGGUAUACCUCCUGGUCUUUAUUGGACAAGUUUGAAUGGGAGAAAGGAUACUCAGACAGAUACGGAUUCUACUAUGUCGAAUUUACCAACAGAAAUAAGCCACGCUAUCAAAAGGCAUCAGUUCAAUAUUACAAGAAGAUUAUCACUGCCAAUGGGUUUCCCAAUCAAAGAGAGGUGGAAAGUUGGUAUGCCAAAGCCUUAGAAACUUGCACAAUCAACAACCAGAUGCUGGCUGCAGAGCCUCUGCUCAGUCACAUGCAGAUGGUGACGGAGAUCGUGGUGCCGACAGUCUGCACACUUUGCAUACUCAUCUCAGCAGUUCUUCUGAUGCUGCUCCUGCAGAACCAGAGCUGA